AAAACUCGUUCGGAUUUCGCUUCCGGGGUUUUCGAAAUGACGCAAGGACCGGCUGUGACGCUAGGGGGCAGCGCGGAGACGGCGAUGUGCGAUGCCAAAAACCGCCAAAGACAAAAAUAGAGCCGGCUUUCUGCAGGAGGGAGAAAAGCGCAGACUCAGCGGCGUUCAGUCACAGUCACACGUUAUGGACGUCCGAAAGCGUCCGAGAGAAGAGCCGCUGUGCGCGGAUAUCCUCGGCACCCCGGAGAAGCGAAAUGCAGCGACAGAAGACAACAAUUUCAAGCAAUGGGACACAGAGGAGAUAUGCUCUUAUCUCCGACACAACGGGCUCGAAAAAUGGGAGGAAAAGUUCAGAGAACAGAAGAUAACAGGAAUCGGGGUGCGCUAUCUCACUGAGCGCCAUCUGGAGAAGAUGGGGAUAGAGCCACUUGGCUGCCGUCUACAGAUCCUCCACUGUUUCCUUAAACUCCGGCAGUUUUCAUCCGAGUCCAUGAAGGUGUUCAACGAUCCGAUUCACGGCCACAUCGAGCUCCAUCCUCUGCUGGUGCACAUCAUCGACACUCCCCAGUUCCAGCGUCUGCGGCACAUCAAGCAGCUGGGAGCCACGUACAUGGUGUUUCCCGGAGCUGCACACAACCGCUUCGAACAUUGCAUAGGCGUGGGAUAUUUAGCAGGUUGUCUUCUCCAAGCUCUGAACCAGAGACAACCCGAGCUCCUCAUCACCAAACAAGACAUCCUGUGUGUUCAGAUCGCUGGCUUAUGUCAUGACCUCGGUCAUGGUCCCUUUUCCCACAUGUUUGAUGGAAUGUUUAUUCCGAAGGUCCGACCUGGACUGAAAUGGAAGCAUGAGAAAGCAUCUGUGGAGAUGUUCGACCACCUGGUAAAAAUGAACAAUCUGGAGGAUGUGAUGAAGAAGUACAAUCUCUCUCUACCCCAAGACCUUAUCUUCAUUAAAGAGCAGAUUGCUGGGCCUCUGGACUCCUUUUCCUCCUCCUCCCCCUCCUCCUCCUCAGACAUGUGGCCAUACAAAGGAAGAACAGAGGAGAAAUCGUUCCUGUAUGAGAUCGUAGCUAAUAAGAGGACCGGCAUCGAUGUGGACAAGUGGGAUUAUUUUGCGAGAGACUGCUAUCACCUGGGCAUCCAGAAUAACUCGGACUACCGUCGCUUCUUCAAGUUUGCUCGAGUGUGUGAAGUGAAGGGCAAAAAACACAUCUGCACCAGGGACAAGGAAGUAGGUGAUCUGUAUGACCUGUUUCAUACACGGAACUGUUUGCAUCGACGUGCUUACCAACACAAAGUGGGUAACAUCAUCGAGGUCAUGAUAACCGAAGCUCUGGAGAAGGCAGAUCCAUACAUUCGGAUUCGCGGUUCUUCUGGAAAGAUGCGCAAAAUCUCCGAAGCCAUCGAUGACAUGGAGGCAUACACUAAACUCACAGAUCACAUUUUCGAGCAGGUCCUGUACUCGUCUGAUCCGGCGCUGAUCGAAGCUCAGACCAUCCUACAGAACAUUCUCUGCAGACGCCUGUACAAAUGUGUGGGGCAGACAACUCCUGACACUCACUAUGAGGUCUCACAGGCGAUGUUAGCCGACUGGUCUCGCGAGGUGUCUGAGUGUAAACCCGAUGGCGCGGACGUGGAUUUGAUGCCCGAGGACUUUGUGGUCAGCGUCAUUUGUAUGGAUUAUGGAAUGAAGGAGAAGAAUCCUGUGAACAACGUUUACUUCUACUGCAAGAACGAUCCCACUAAAGCCAUCAAGAUCCGCAAGAACCAGGUGUCCAAGUUGCUUCCGGAGCGUUUCGCCGAGCAGCUGAUCAGAGUUUACUGCAAGAAAACAGACGAAAGGAAUCUGGAAGCGGCGAAGAAAUACUUUGUACAGUGGUGCAUGAACCGAAACUUCUCCAAACCACAGGAUGGCGAUGUCACGGCCCCAGAGCUCACUCCACUAAAGCGAGACUGGCAGAAUGAAGACGACGAAGAAAGCAACAGUGACUCGGAUGUCCGAGUUCCAACGAAGGUCAACGGCGGAAAACACGUAAAAAUUAACCUGUUCCAAUCGCCGAAAGAGAAACCGAGCUAAAGUGUUUGCACCCCCUGCUGGCAGGAUGACAAAAAUGCUCAGGCUCUUUUUUUUUUUUUUUUUUUAAAUUGUUUUAUUAUUAUUUUAUUUGAAGGCUUUUCCUCUCAACACCAUAACUUUAACAGUGUUUCUGUUAGUGGCAGUAAAAGGCAGGAGGUGUGUAUUUAAUGCUUACGUAUUAAUGCAUGUCAAUAUUUUAAAUUAUAUAAUAAAUAAUAAUGAUAAAUUAUAAUAAUAAUAAAUAUAACAAUAAGGCUGGGUGAAAUUACAAAAACAUCACAACAGCAACUGACUGAUAAGAUCUAUGACCUAUAGGAUAAAAGAUUUAUAAAAACUGAAACUGAACACGAAUAAAUUCUAAAUGAAGAAAACUUUUAAAAAAUUGUUAAAAAGAAAAAGACACCAACGUGACUUUAAAGUCUGUGUCUCAUUUAAAUGUAAAAAACAAAAAAAGCUUCCAGCUAAGAAAAAAACAUUGAGAGAAAGGCAAGAAUUGAAAAGGGUUCCCUGAAAAUAUUACAGAGCAAUAAAAACAAUCAUAUAUAUAUAUAUAUAUAUAUAUAUA